AUGUCUUUGAAUUUUGUACAUCAGGUAAACCAUUUUGGUAUGUUUGUGAGGCAUUUCUGCAGUCUUCCUGCAGCCACGGAUACUAUUCCUGCUAGGAUGGUACUUACAACACUUGAUUCUGCUGUUUAUAUGGCAACCGCUUCACCAUGUGGUCCUGUUCAUAUCAACUGCCCUUUUAGGGAACCGCUUGAAAAUAGUUCCAGAAAGUGGAUGUUGAGCUGUUUACAAGGGUUAGAUUUUUGGAUGUCAAGUGCUGAACCAUUUACAAGCUAUAUCCAACUGCAACAUUCUUUUGCACGCAAUGAUGCUCAAGGCCAUAUGGCACAAGUUUUAACAAUGAUACACGGUGCAAAUCGAGGGCUGCUAUUGAUUGGGGCAUUACAUACAGAGGAUGACAUAUGGGCAGCUCUUCUCUUGGCUAAACAACUUUUGUGGCCAGUUAUAGCUGACGUCUUGUCAGGUUUAAGGUUGAGAAAGUAUCUUACUUCUUUCUCUGGAUUUGAAGAGAAUAUUUUAUUCGUUGAUCAUCUUGAUCAUUUACUUCUCUCAAAUUCAGUCAAGGACUGGGUGCAACCUGANUCUUUCUCUGGAUUUGAAGAGAAUAUUUUAUUCGUUGAUCAUCUUGAUCAUUUACUUCUCUCAAAUUCAGUCAAGGACUGGGUGCAACCUGAUGUUAUCGUCCAGGAAAAUGAGGGGUUGGGAGUGGGUAAAGAUUUUCCAUAA